AUGGUGAAGAUUCGACGUUCUUGGAAAAGCCAUAGUCGCGUUUCGGAUAAAAAUCCGUUCUCUAUUGAACCUCCCAGAAAGGUUGUACGAGCUCUGUAUGACUACACAGCGCGAAAAGCUUCUGAAAUUUCUUUUACCAAAGGUGAUUUUUUUCAUGUAAUCGGUCGUGAAAACGACGAGCGCUGGUAUGAGGUCUGUAAUCCGGCUGCAGGUACUCAUGGGUAUGUUCCCGUUUCCCACUUUGAAGAAAUUGGAAAAAAUGCCAAUUCUAUGAGACUUAGCAGCGGUAGUGAAUCCACUAGUACCCUGAUAGAUUUGACGAACUCUACUAAUUCUCCACGAGUUUCUCUCAACGACUUACAAUCUUCUACUCAGCCUCUAUUUGGCGUUGUGCAGUUUGAUUUUGUUGCCGAAAGACCUGAUGAACUAGAUGCCAAAGCUGGUGAAACAGUCAUUAUUAUUGCUCGCUCUAAUCAUGAAUGGUUGGUUGCCAAACCAAUCGGUAGGUUGGGUGGACCAGGUCUUAUUCCUCUUACGUUUAUUCAAUUACGAGAUUUAAAGACAGGUGCCGUGAUCAAACAUAUCAGCGAAGCCAUUCUGCGUACCUCUUGUAUUCCACGAGUAGAAGACUGGAAACGGGCCGCUACUGAUUACAAGAAAAGCAGCAUUCCUUUAGGGACCUUUCAUUGUCCAGCGGAAGACACCGCGUCUUCAACUGGAUUUGAAUCUAAGAGCACUUUAACCGAUGCUGUGAAGAGCUCACCUCCUCCUUCCAUUUCUACUUCCCAGAUAAGCUCUUCGAAGCUUAGUUCAUUAAGCGCGAAUAACGAUGGACAAUGCAUACCCUCUGGUUCAUCAAAUAAUUUCCCUCUGUCUAAUGCUUCCCAUGUAAUCGCUGCAAUGGUGGAGGCCUACUUCGUUCAUAAUGAUCAAUUCUGGUACUUAGUACGUGCAGUUAUGAGUGAUGGUCGACAUCGAAAUCUUUGCCGUUACUAUGAAGACUUUUAUUAUCUUCAGUUGACACUCCUGGAUGUGUUUCCAAGUGAAGCUGGGCGGGGAAAAAAUCGCCGUGUAAUUCCCUACAUGCCUGGCCCUGUCGACGAUGUGAAUGAAUUGGUUUCUUCUCAACGAGCGUUGGAUCUCGAUGUCUAUGUAAAAGAAAUUUGCCGACUUCCUUCUCAUCUAUUGGAAAGUGACUAUAUCAAGAAGUUCUUUUUACCUAUGGAUGGCGACGUUGAUGCUUCCCAUCCUACCAGUUCCAUGCCACGCGUCGUAGAACGUCCGUUCAUAUUUGCAGAAUUGCAAGAACAGAAAGACAUUCCUGCUCCCAACAAGCCUGUUUCCGGAAACGGCCAUGUCCAUAACCCCGCUAUUCAGAAAGUCAAAAUUCGUUCUGGCGAUGAAACAUUUGCCUUGCGCAUUGCCUCAGAUAUUUCUUACGAAGCAUUUAUCGAUAAACUGAAAGCAAAAUUAGGUUUUGAUUGGGACAAGCUAGUCUAUAGGGACGAUUCCAAGGAUGAAUUCUUACCCAUGUGUAGUGCGGAUGAUCUACGCGAUGCCUUCUCUCAAAAGUCCGGCACUUUAUUGCUGGCAGAGAGAUAG